CCUGUAAGCAGCCUAAGGUGACCUGUGAAGAUGGUUCGCUACUCGCUUGACCCAGGAAACCCUACGAAAUCAUGCAAAUCAAAAGGUUCAAAUCUUCGGGUUCACUUUAAGAACACCAAUGAAAUUGCCCAAGCCAUCAAGGGUAUGCAUAUCCGAAAAGCCACCAAAUAUCUGAAAGAUGUCACUUUAAAGAAGCAAUGUGUGCCUUUCUGGCGGUAUAAUGGUGGAGUCGGUAGGUGUGCCCAGGCCAAACAGUGGGGCUGGACACAGGGCCGGUGGCCUAAAAAGAGUGCUGAAUUUUUGCUGCCCAUGCUUAAGAAUGCAGAGAGUAAUGAUGAACUUAAGGGUUUGGAUGUGGAUUCUCAAGUCAUUGAACACAGCCAGGUGAACAAAGCACCUAAGAUGUGCCGAUGGACUUACAGAGCUCAUGGCCGGAUUAACCCAUACGUGAGCUCCCCCUGCCACAUCGAGAUGAUCCUCACUGAAAAGGAACAAAUUGUUCCAAAGCCAGAAGAGGAGGUUGCGCAGAAGAAGAAGAUAUCCCAGAAGAAACUGAAGAAACAAAAACUUAUGGCACGGGAAUAAAUUCCACAUAAAA